AUGAAACUUUCCCUGAUGCUGGAAGCCGACAGAAUUAAUGUGCAGGCACUGAACAUGGGGCGAAUUGUCGUUGACGUCGAUGGUGUUAAUCUCACUGAACUGAUUAACAAGGUCGCUGAAAACGGUUAUUCACUCCGCGUGGUGGAGGAAUCCGACCAACAGUCAACCUGCACACUACCACCGUUUGCAACCCUUGCCGGCAUACGCUGCAGUACCGCACAUAUCACGGAAAAGGAUAACGCCUGGCUGUACUCGCUGUCACACCAGACCAGUGACUUCGGUGAAUCAGAAUGGAUUCAUUUCACAGGUAGCGGAUAUCUGUUACGUACCGAUGCGUGGUCAUAUCCGGUUCUGCGGCUUAAACGCCUAGGGCUGUCAAAAACGUUCCGUCGUCUGGUUAUCACACUUACCCGACGUUAUGGCGUCAGUCUCAUUCAUCUGGAUGCCAGCGCUGAAUGCCUGCCGGGUUUACCCACUUUCAACUGGUAA